GUUUAACUCCUGAUGCAAUGGAUAUCAUACCACCCCUCAGUAUAUCGAAGUAAUAUUCCACGUCAUCAAAAUAAUGUAAAUAAAUAAUCAUUGUGAAACAAAUCCAAUUGGUUGUGCACGCUUUCGACAAAAUCUUGUGACUUUUAUGGCACUUAGAUAUACUUAUAUAAAAACUGAUUUGUUAGAACAUGUUAAUGUGAUAUAACGAUAUUUCAUUCUACUAUGGACGUAUUUCUCUGCACGGUUUUACUAGCUGUACUGCUGCAAGCCAAUCUAGGAGUUUAUUCAUUCUCGAAUAUACCGAGUGGUGGAACUAUGCACCCAGUAGCUGUCACAACGACGCAACAAUCAACACCAAAUACUAGUCCACCUGUGAAAGUUGAAAGUGGAACUUCAACACCAAAACAAAAUAAACAAGGAGGCAAAGGUAAAUCAGUCAGUGUAUCAUUACAAACACCCCCUGAAUUAUACAAACCUCAAAAACCACAUGAAAAAACAACAGCGUUCUAUAAAUUAAUAGUCAGAAUUAUGGAACGAUUAUCACAUGCCUUCGAUAGAAUAUCCAACGAUGUGGAGAAAUUCAAGGAAAAACUCAAACCUUAUAGAAUCUGAGAUCAUGCUUCAGUGAAGUGAAGUUUGAUUAACACAUUACUAUGAGAUUGAAUCGAAUGACUGAGUGUUUUGUAAUCGUUUUUGUUGAUUGAUUUUGCUCAUACACUGUGAAAUUAAGUAUGUUUAAAUUAUCAAAUAUAGUUUCUGUGGAGAUUUGUCAAUC